CGCGACGCUACGUGCGUAGGUGCGCGCGCGCACGGCUUGUAGUCCUGUCGAGAGGGCGGGUCGAGCCAGGUUACCACCAAAGAACAUGAUUUUGGUCUAGGGGCUCCAGUUUCUGAAGCUGAAAAAUACCAGAAUACUCUGCAGCUAGAACAAGAAGUGAGAAACCAAGACAGAUUCAUCUCUACACUAAAAUUACAGAUUGAAGACCUCACACAGACAAAUCAUGGCUUGGAAGAAUAUGUUAGGAAACUCUUGGAUAGUAAAGAGGUGGUAAGCAGUCAAGUAGACGACUUAACCAGCCACAAUGAGCACCUUUGUAAAGAAUUGAUUAAAAUUGACCAACUAGCACAGCAACUAGAAAAAGAGAAGAAUUUUGUGGUGAAUAUUGCUGACAAGGAACUUGAAGAAGCAAAGAUUGAACUCAUUUGCCAGCAAAAUAACAUAAUAGUAUUGGAAGAUACUAUAAAAAAGCUUAGAUCUAUAAUUUUAGAGACUGAAAAAGCACAAAAUCAAUCUCCUUCCAGACUUGAUUCCUUUGUCAAGACUUUAGAAGCAGACAGAGAUUACUACAGGAGUGAAGCACAAAAUUUGAGAAAGAUGAUCAGAAGUAGAUCUAAAAGUCCAAGACGCCCAUCACCAUCUUCCCGGGGUGCAAAUUGUGAUGUAGAGCUUUUGAAGUCAACAACAAGAGAUCGUGAAGAACUUAAAUGCAUGCUGGAAAAAUAUGAGCGUCAUUUGGCAGAAAUUCAGGGUAAUGUCAAAGUUCUUACGUCUGAGAGAGACAAGACCUUCCUUCUUUAUGAACAAGCACAGGAGGAAAUUGCCCGACUUCGACGAGAAAUGAUGAAAAGCUGUAAAUCUCCUAAAUCCACAACAGCACAUGCUAUUCUACGGCGAGUAGAGACUGAAAGAGAUGUAGCCUUCACAGAUUUACGAAGAAUGACCACAGAACGAGAUAGUCUGAGGGAAAGGCUAAAGAUUGCCCAGGAGACAGCAUUUAAUGAGAAGGCUCACCUGGAACAAAGGAUAGAGGAGCUGGAGUGCACAGUUCAUAACCUUGAUGAUGAACGUAUGGAGCAAAUGUCAAAUAUGACUUUGAUGAAGGAAACCAUAACUACUGUGGAAAAAGAAAUGAAAUCACUAGCAAGAAAGGCAAUGGAUACUGAAAGUGAACUUGGCAGACAAAAAGCAGAGAAUAAUUCUUUGAGACUUUUAUAUGAGAACACAGAAAAAGAUCUUUCUGAUACUCAGCGACACCUUGCUAAGAAAAAAUAUGAGCUACAACUUACUCAGGAGAAAAUUAUGUGCUUGGAUGAAAAAAUUGAUAAUUUUACGAGGCAAAGUAUUGCACAACGAGAAGAAAUCAGCAUUCUUGGUGCAACUCUCAAUGAUAUGGCUAAAGAAAAGGAAUGCCUGCAAGCAUGUUUGGAUAAAAAAUCUGAGAAUAUUGCAUCCCUUGGAGAAAGUUUGGCAAUGAAAGAAAAGACCAUUUCAGGCAUGAAGAAUAUCAUUGCUGAGAUGGAGCAAGCAUCAAGACAGUCUACUGAAGCCCUAAUUAUGUGUGAACAAGACAUUUCCAGAAUGCGCCGACAAUUGGAUGAAACAAAUGAUGAGCUGGCCCAAAUUGCCAGGGAAAGAGAUAUCUUGGCUCAUGACAAUGACAAUCUCCAAGAACAGUUUGCUAAAGCUAAACAAGAAAACCAGGCACUGUCUAAAAAAUUGAAUGAUACUCACAAUGAGCUUAAUGACAUAAAGCAGAAGGUCCAAGAUACUAAUUUGGAGGUUAACAAGCUGAAGAAUAUAUUAAAGUCUGAAGAAUCUGAGAAUCGGCAAAUGAUGGACCAACUUCGAAAAGCCAAUGAAGAUGCUGAAAACUGGGAAAAUAAGUCCCGUCAAUUAGAGGCGGACAACAAUACCCUCAAAUUGGAACUUAUCACUGCUGAGGCAGAGGGUAACAGAUUAAAAGAAAAAGUAGAUUCCCUCAACAGAGAAGUUGAGCAACACCUAAAUGCCGAAAGAUCUUACAAGUCCCAGAUUUCAACCUUACAUAAGUCAGUUGUAAAGAUGGAAGAGGAGCUUCAGAAAGUUCAGUUUGAAAAAGUAUCUGCCCUGGCAGAUUUGUCUUCCACAAGGGAACUCUGUAUUAAACUUGACUCUAGCAAAGAACUUCUUAAUCGACAGCUGGUUGCUAAAGACCAAGAAAUAGAAAUGAUGGAGAAUGAGUUAGAUUCUGCUCGUUCUGAAAUAGAACUCCUCAGGAGUCAAAUGACAAAUGAGAGGAUCUCCAUGCAGAAUCUAGAAGCUUUGCUGGUGGCCAACCGAGACAAAGAGUAUCAGUCUCAGAUAGCACUGCAAGAAAAAGAAUCUGAAAUUCAGCUUCUUAAGGAACACCUUUGUUUGGCAGAAAAUAAAAUGGCCAUCCAGAGUAGAGACGUGGCCCAGUUCAGAAAUGUCGUAACCCAAUUGGAAGCUGAUUUAGACAUUACCAAAAGACAAUUAGGGACAGAGCGAUUUGAAAGGGAAAGGGCUGUACAAGAACUUCGCCGCCAGAAUUACUCAAGUAAUGCUUAUCAUCUGAGUUCUACAAUGAAGCCAAACGCAAAAUGUCAUUCACCAGAACGUGUUCACCAUCGAUCUCCUGACCGAGGCCUGGAUCGAUCAUUAGAAGAGAAUCUUUGCUACAGAGAUUUCUGACACGCGAAAAGAUUCUUCACAUCCUUGGAAGAGUCAAAGUUACAAACUGAUUUUUUUGCUAUAUGAUUGCAUUUAUCUUUUGAACGCGUGAUGGUGUUAAAUGUUUUUAUUAACUUUGUGCCUCUGAAUCUGUUCUCAUGUGCCAUACCGCAGUGAUCUGAGAUGACUUAUAAAACAAAAGUGUAUGGCUCUUUCUAUCCAUACAGUAAUAGUGAGUGUAAAAUCUGCUUACUUCACUAUUGAACACUGUUUUGUUAACUAUCCAGAGUAAAUAAAGAAACUUAAAAAAAAGAGGGAAAAGUGUUUUUACAAAACUGAUGUCCUUUCCUUUCUUAGUAUCUCAAAUAAUUGGUUGGUUAGAUUUUUUUUUUUCAUUGUGAUUUAUGCUUUCAUGGCUGAAAAAGUUGUGCCAAAAUGGGACAGUUUACUGAUACUGGCCUGGGACCAACCUGAUAUAAAUGCCAUGCCAUAACCUGACU